UUACUGCCCUUCUUUGUGAUUAAAAAAUGUUAUUUUAAUGGACUGGAUUAAAAUGUGUGUUCCCUGAACACGCGCGUGUGCUAGAAGACUUCACGCGCACUCUACUAAAACAGACCCGACCCGGCGGCCCAAUUGAAGACCCAGAUUCCACCGAAUAUCCAAAAUUGUGCAUCGCUCUUCUUCCUCGCCGUCUGCUUCUUCCUCCCCUUGAGUGCUUCAGAUUUUGCGAGAAAGUGAAAAUGAGAAGACAGGGAAACUUUGCGGACUCGCCUGCUAGUGGAUACGGAGCUGGGCAGAUGCAGAAUGCACAUUCUGAUUUUCAAGGUCAGUUAGAGGCGUUCACGCCUGAGAGGGACCAACCAUCGCAACCAGAGGGUCAAUGGAGAUGGGAAAGAGACGGUCCCCCGAAUAUGUCAAGGCCUAUGUCAACUGCUGUUUACAAUGAAAGUCAAGGCGUUGAUUCAUCGAGGACGUAUUACCGCGGCCAAAUGGAUCCAAAAUCAGGAAUGGAGACACAAGGCAGCGGUCCAAGAGCUCAACCACAGCACCAUGAAAACUCGAAGCCUGGUUAUGAGAAUAACCGUGGGAUGCAGACCUUUGAAGGUCUUGAACAGAAGUUCAUGGAUGAUAUAACAAGACUAGCAAAAGAUCAAAUCGGAGCAGAGGAUGCAGAGAUUGCCAGACAUCGAGAGAGAAUAAACACCAUUAAUACUCGGUACGAAGAACAGUUAGCUGCACUGAGAUCACGCCACGCAGGUAAAAGAGAAGAGAUCAUGAGGAAAGAAUCACAAGCUAGGCAGCAGCAGUACAAGCAGCAAACACCUGGGAUGAUGGAUCAGUACCAUACAAACGCGGUUGGUGUGGCCAAUCUAAGACCAUCUGGCCAUCCCCAGGGUUACAUUGGUAACGCUCAAGAUCCAGCUGAUGCACCACCAUCCAGAUCCUAUGGAUCAGAUCGGUUUGAAGCAUAUGGAGAGAGAGCUAGGUUUCAGGGCGGAGAUAGGGAUCAUGGAUUCGAGUCCAGGGGUCAGUACCCUGGUGGGACAGUCUCACGGUUCUACUGAUGUAAUAUACCUGUUGUGUUACUUUGCUUUUUUUGAAUUAUAGAUCAGUUAAGCUUUCAAGACUAUCCAGACUUUGAAAUUGACUACAAUGCCAUUGUUAUUCUUAUACACAUACGUCAUAAGUUGUCUU